CUGUUGCACCCCCUGCAUCUCGACGGUCUGACUUCUUGUUCUGUUUGGAAUUCAUCAUACACUUUGUGCAUAGUCACAGAGGGCAUUUUGAGACAAUUUGAAUCGGAAACACAGCCGCAAUCGACAUCCCGCUCCUUGCACCCAGCAGCACACGCGCGUCGUGGGCCGCUCAGACGCGAUUCGCUUUCAAUCAAUCUUCCCUCGUACUAUCUAUCGUCUGCGCAACUCCUCGACUGCCAUCUCAUUUCUUCGCCUCCCCGCGACACCUCCCACUUCCCGCCCUCCACCAUCAUCUUGACAUCUAUCAGUGCGUUCUCGCGUCUUGCCUCAUAUAGUUGGCCAACAAGGCUCAUAGCUCUAUUUGCACGCAGAGAUAGACUCCUUCCUUACACACUCCUCUGCAACAAGCGCUGUCGCUAGUCCUACGCGCCUCUGAACCUCCUUCCUGGCCCGCGGGCGCCCGUCACAGAAAGUAAAGGAUCACCGGUACUGGGAUACACCUUUGUCAAAGUGACCGUUUGCUCACUGUAGCAUCUUUCCCACCGACUUAUUGGCUUCUGCAAUGCAGAGAACACCGAACACGAUGGCCUAUAACGACCCACCCCAGACCGGCGGGCGCGGUCCUUCGUCGGGGGUGUCAUGGACGACUGAUGGCCCAUCAUUACGCAUGGAGGAUGCCGUAGUCGAGACUGUUGUCACUCAUACUACCCGCACUACAACAUCAUUCCAGCCUAUCAGUCUUCCCCGCGUCUCGUCCCCGACAAAUCUCAGGCUCCCGGAUCAUCUUUCCUCUGAGACUUAUCCUUUGGCGGACCAAUCAGCUCCUGCAGACCUCCGAAUAUUCACAAUGACUCUUGGUGGGAGACGCGUGGUGGUGCAAGAUGACAGUGCCGGUGCCGUCGAGAGCGAGAUUUCAGGUCCAGGCUGGACCCGGAAGUUGGGUUCUUCCCGAGCCAUUCCUGUCCAGUCUUCUACCGAAGAAGUUGUCGACGAAGAGGUCGGCUUCCUUCAGGCUCUCAAUCAAAUAAAGGGGAAAGAUAAGAAGAGGAACUUCUCUGCGGAGUCUGUUCGCGACGCUCCGACGCCCCCAAUCACGGGGGAUGAAGCUGCUCGUCACAGUCCUCCGCGAAAGAAGGCCCGUGGGCUGGAGGAGAUCAAUAUUCCCCAUCACCAGAGUGGUCGAGCUCUGUUAUCACCCUUGCCCUCGCCAGACCAUGCCGCAACAACCCUCGGCUCGUCUACACCCUCUUCCAUUCCUCCGCCCAAUCUCGGAUCGGGCUCUGAGCUUGCCGCUCUCUUUUCGCUCCCGUCGCUUGCUUCACACUUCGAUCAGCUCCCCGACAGGCUACAACAACACUUCCUCAUGCACCUUCUUCGACGAUCUCGCAUGCCUACUAUUCAGCGCAUAUCGAGCUUCAUCUCAACUGUUCUACGCCGAGACUUCAUCACCCAGCUACCUCAUGAGGUUGCUAUCCACAUCUUGAGACACGUCGACGGCAAGAGUCUUGCGAACGCGUCGAGAGUGUGCAAGAGAUGGAAGAGAGUCAUAGACAAUGAGAGGGGUGUUUGGAAGCAGAGAUUGCUCGACGAAAGGCUGUGGAGUGGGUUUGGAACGGAAGAAUCCGAAGAGAUGCUCAUCCGGGAGCGAUACGAGGCGAUGGACCUCCACGAACAGUUUGUGGAGAGGAGCCAAUCCGACGAGGAUGAUAGACUCUCGCCUCAAGCCAGCCGCCGCAGUCUGUCGGACCGACCCACCCCUCUGAAACACGUUUACCGCAGACGGUACCAGGAGCAGAGAGACUGGAUACAUACUAAGCCUGAGCAUAAUUCCUUCAUUGGCCACGGCCCCAAUGUUGUGACUUGCCUUCAAUUCGACGAUGACAAGAUUGUCUCCGCUUCGGACGACUCCUCUAUAAACGUCUACAACACGAGCGACGGUCAGCUUCGCCGUCGUUUGGACGGGCAUGAGGGAGGUGUGUGGACCCUUCAGUACAAGGACAACACACUUGUCAGUGGCAGUACGGAUAGGACGGUCCGAAUCUGGGAUCUAGAAGAACUUCGAAUGACCCACGUGUUCAACGGCCAUACGAGUACUGUCCGUUGCUUGCGUAUCGUGGACCCUGUUUGGGAAGAGGAGACGCAGUCUUAUCAACCCCCUGUCCCAAUGAUUGUGACUGGCUCUAGAGAUGCGACUUUGCGAGUGUGGAAGUUGCCUCAGAAGGACGACCCUAUGUAUGAAGGUUCUCUCAAUCCCGAGACAGCUGAACAGGCUUCUCCCGAACAGAAUCCAUUCCAUGUUCAUCUAUUGGAGGGCCACUCUCUCGCUGUUCGGGCUAUUGCUGCCCACGGAAGAAUUUGUGUUUCUGGGGCAUAUGACAUGUCCGUGCGAGUUUGGGAUAUCGUCACUGGCACUAGCUUGCACCAUUUAACCGGGCACGAGUCCAAAGUCUACAGCAUAGUGUACGACCCUUACCGUAAGAGAUGUGCUUCUGGUUCUAUGGACAACACUGUCAAGGUCUGGGAUGUUGUAUCUGGCGAGUGCCUCCACACUCUUCAGGGCCACACAUCACUUGUCGGUCUCCUCGGCCUAUCCCCCAAUUACCUUGUCUCCGCAGCAGCGGAUUCCUCACUCCGUAUCUGGGACCCCAGCUCGUGUGAAAUGGAGAACGUCCUGACCUCUACUGGCGGAGCCAUCACAUGUUUCCAGCAUGACGAGGUCAAAGUCGUCUCCGGGUCCGACGGUACUCUAAAACUUUGGGACAUCAAAACCGGCACGUUUGUCCGGGAUCUCGUUGUAGGCAUCAGCUCGGUGUGGCAAGUGGCUUUCAAUGGCAACCUGCUUGUCGCGGCUUCCAACCGCAACAGCCAAACGGUCUUUGAUGUCUUCCGCUUCGGGCAGCCGUCGGACCACCCGGUCGAUGACUCCUCGCUCGAUAACCUACAGCCUCCCAGGUGGGAGAGAUGGGCCAUCGCGGAGCGGAAGGCAGCUGAAGAGGCCAAAUGGGCCACCAAAUUGGUUCCCAGCAAAGGCCAUGGCAAAGGGUUUAGCAAGGGGAAAGAUAUCAUGCAGCCUGGCGGAAGCUCUUCGAUGGGUUGGGAUUUGGCAUCCAAGAGCCCUACGCGCCAAAAGGGCAGAAUGUGGUCAGGAUUCAGCACCAACGAUGAGACGACGCCCAUCCCACGAGAGCAAAGCCAUCCAUCAGCUUCUAUUGCACCCUUUGAUGACGCUCCUGAGUAUGAUCCUGGUCAUUGGUUGCAUCCCAGCACCUCUUUCAACCUGUCGGCGCGAGAUGCCAGCCCUACCCCUGUGGCUGGAUCAAGCCGUGGUCGGUCGAGGGGAACUUCUUCCCGAUCAGCAGCGCAGGUGGCAGAAACCUCUUUGACCCAGCGCGAGGGCCGACGCAGCUCAAUAGCAGCCGGUACGUCACAGGGUCGGGGAGGGGGUAGCUCUACGUCGUGUCUACCAGGAUAUGUUGCGAGUAAUCGCUCCCAGUAUACCCAAGCUGCUCUAGACAACAGCUUGGGAUCGGGACUCGGUGGAAACGAGGAAGAGUUCUACGGAACCGAGGAGAAUGGGGCAAUGGACGCCGAGGAUCAGGUCAUGGAAGACGUCGGCGAGGAAGAGGAGUGAGGCGGAGUGUUAGUCGUUGACGAGAUUGUCUGGUGGAGUUGUAUUGGGCGUAGCGAGUAGAGACUGAGAUGACUGGGAGGAGGGGGCGGCUUCCAUUUUUCCAUCAAUGUCGGCUUGUAGAAUGUUGCAUAUAUUAUCAUGUAGGACCUGCUAUCCUGAUUGCUGGUACAUCAGUCUAUGUCUGUGCACAAUGAUCGGG